UUGCAUAAAAGAAGUAAAGUGCCAAUACUAACAAUGGUUGAGUGAUUGUGUUAAUUUGACCAGAAAUUCCAAGAAAAAAAAAAUGUUGGGUGAUUUUUGGAUAAUUGGUGUUGCCUAUAAGUUGCAGCCAUGACAGUGCAAAGUGAUCAGUUUGCUUGUGAGGGUUGGUGAGUUAGGAGCUUGGUGGUGGAUGCCAGGACUCAGCCUGUCUUGCAAGAUGAACAGUGUUUCUACAGCAACCUUACCUGGACUUACAUGUGUUUAGAUCACAUGAGAGAAACUUGAUGAUAGUAUACAAGGUGGAGGGGGGCGAGGAUGGGGGCAGAUCAGCAGUUUUGCCUCCGAUGGAACAAUUUUCACACUAAUAUUACCUCAGCAUUCGAGUCCUUGAGAGAUGACGAGGACUUCGUCGACAUCACACUUGCCUGUGAAGGCAGGCAGAUAAAAGCACACAAAAUGGUCCUUAGUGCCUGUAGUCCAUACUUCAGAAGUUUGCUAAAAGGUAACCCAUGCCAGCAUCCCAUAGUGUUUCUUAAGGAUGUAACUUUCGCCAACUUGACUUCCAUCCUGGACUUCAUGUACCAUGGGGAAGUCAAUGUUUCACACAAUGAGUUGGCCACAUUUCUAAAGACAGCAGAGGCGCUUAAAGUCAGAGGACUGGCGGAAGAUGAAAAGAAAAGAGACAGUGAAAACUACAAUGAGUCCAGCUCGCCUCCCCCACCUAGAGACCCCCCUGACCCGGGCUCACCUCGGCCCGAGGAGGGCAGUAGUGCCCCCGACACACAACUCAGUGAUUCACCCCCACCCAAGCGACAGAGACGGCGGUCAGGGGCCUCGGUACACUCUGCAGAAGACACAAAUGAAACGGUGCUAAGUGAAGCCAGGGACAGUAGUGUGAAAAAUGAGCCUCAGGACUUUAAUGAGGAAGAGGACAUGUUAAGUCAGAGUGUGGAGCAUGAAAAUAUAAAGACAGAUGUAGGAGAAGACAGUGAGGAGCGGAAUUUUGGUCCCUCCGAGUCUGUGACGAUCAGCAGGAGUCAGGCAGCUAUGCAGCAGUUACAAGAAUCGUUUGGGUCGUUCCUGCCGGGCAUGGGCCAGAGUCCGGGCUUCCUCCCUCAUGGUGCUACUGACAUGCCAAGACCUCCACCCUACCCUCUGGAGGGGGUUCAAGGCCUUCCUCCUGGGAUCUCGGCUCUGCCGGGCCCUUCCAUGUCACAAGGUGCUGCUAGUCAAGAUGCCAGCCAAGGCGGAGGCGGAACGCUCCUGCAGGCGCCAGGUGUCUCCCCGGAGUUUGAAGUUGUGCCGCCCGUGUGUGAGCUCAUCACGCCCACACAGCCGCCUACCGUCACGCCCGCUCUCCAACAUCAGCAACCUCAGCCUGUCUCUGUGCAUUGUGGCUACGGCGCCCAUCACACUCCAGGAAUGGAAUCCCUCGGAGGCUCCCCCCACCUCGGAUACGCCUCCGACCCCGGUGCGGGGGGCGCUGCGACCACCCCGCUCACGGCACUCGGCUACACGCCGCCCGCAGGCAGGACCCGGCUCGCUACGGGGGAGGAGGUGGCCUGCGGUGUGUGCGGGAAGGUCCUGUGCAACAAGUACGUCCUUAAGACACACCUCCGGGACAUGCAUGGCCCGCGCCAGAGCAUGCAGUGCCCCGUGUGCCGCCGCAUGUACGCCUCUCUCAACUCCCUGCGGGCUCACAUGAGUGGCACUCACAAGAAGCACCAAGUGCCGCAGGUGCCACAGCGGUACUAAGAGGGGGAGGCAGCCGGAGGUUAGCUCCUGCAGGGGAACGAGGAAGACCGUAGACUGGCAAGCGAGAGAAGAGCGAGAGACGCGGUGCCGAGGAAUAGCGAGCGGAGCAGGAGACAGAAUCUCAGAACAAAAAGACACGGUGGAUUCCGAAACCUAUUCUGGGGGUUUAUUUAUGAUCCACUCUCAGUGGCGGAAACUUGUUCAUAGUUGACAAUUUAUUUAUUUUACUGAAACUUUCUUUUUUCAGGGAAACUUUUGUAAUAUCAGUAUUUUUCACAACUCAUAAGAGAUUGUAAAAGGAAUUCAGGGGAGAGUUUGGCCGGAGAAACAAAGAACUUGUACGUAUGCAAGAAACUUUCGCUAGAGGUUUGUUGCAUAUCUUAUAAGAUUCUGUAAAGUUGGGCAUUUUGUGGGAUGUACAAACCACUGCCUCGUCGGCAUGUAUUAUCUAACUUAUUUUAUUUAUUUAACAAUGUGUGUACAGCACCUUGUGGCGUCCGUCAGGGAUUGUACAAACCGCAAUUUGUAGAACAUGAGAAACGAUAAGUACUUACUGGGAAUGAGACUGUGUAAUCGGGUGAAUGCGCCAGUAGUGUUUUUCUUGCUGUGUAUUACUUCCUAAGGACACUUGAAUAAGCGACACCAAAAUACCCGGCGUCGUCCAGCAUACGUCAGCACGUGUGGGAUGUGAUGCGACGCCUGUCUUGUUCUCAACGGCAAGGAGGAACCGUAGUCUUCACACUGCCGCCUCACCCGCACGUCGGUUGGGAUUUAAUUUUAUUUUAUCGCUGUAUCUUGUACGAUUCCAGUGUUGGAAUCGUGAGUCCCGUGUAGGCGGCCGCACGUGUACUCGCUGAAUGUGCACAGACGGAGAGAGCUCACAGUGACAUCACACGCACUUAGUGAAAACACAUACAUACAGACACACACUUAUGCACUUAAUUGUACUUUACCUAUAUCUCGUAUCAAGGCCUGUACUUAAAAAAAACAGUAACAAUUCAGCAGCGCAUUUCCUAUUUUGCAUCGCAAAAUUUGUUAUUCUGAUUUCUAUUUCACUUUUAGCACCAACAAAAUAUGAGAAUGAGCAAUGGCCGUACUUAAAAUGUCAGCAAUAUUUCUUUCAUUUUUUCUCAGAGAUAUGCACAACACGACACAGUCAGGCACGCACAUACAUAACAGUAUUACACGCACGCACGCACAAACACACACUAUUACACGCACGCACGCAAAAAAUAAAACGGGAUGGCAGAGCAUUGCUAGCCUUCGUCAAUGUUCCUGAGACCUUCUUCACUAAACAGUAGUUGUAGAGAUGCUGUGUUUGUACCUUGUUGUCCACAGUCAAUAUUCUUUUUUUUUCUCAUCAAUUUUUCUCUAUAGUUUUCGUAAGGACUUACUGUUAGAGGUACUUAGAGGAAAACAAAAAAAAAUAUAUGAGUUAAAAAAAACGAGUGAAUGAUUUGGAUGUGUCCAAUGAAUAGCUCUCUAGUUUUGUUUUAGUGAACAGUAUU